AUGUCUAAUUUUACUAUAGAUGAUAUUCUUGCUGGUAUAUCAGAUUCAUUAAAUAAAUUACAAGAACAAAAAGAUUUAAAAUUUAAAGAAAUUUCAAAUGAUUCAAAAACUUCAGAAGAUACUACUAAUAAUUCAGAUUUAAGUUCAAAAUAUACUAAAGAAUUUUUUAUUAAAUAUGCUGAAGAUUAUAUUGAAUUUACUUAUAAAAAUCCAACAAUUUAUCAUGUAGUUGAUUAUUUUAAAACUCAACUUGAAAAAAAUGGGUUUAAAUAUAUUUCAGAAAAGGAUUCAUGGACCGAUAUAAAACCUGGGAAAUAUUUCACUACAAGGAAUGGUUCAUCACUUUCUGCUUUCGUAGUUGGGAAAGAUUGGACACCAUCAAAGGGAGUUGGUGCAAUUGGAUCACAUAUUGAUUCAUUAACAACAGUAUUAAAACCAAAUUCAACAAAAGCCAAAGUUGAUGGAUAUGAAUUAUUAGGAGUUGCUCCAUAUGCUGGUACAUUAGGUAGUGUUUGGUGGGAUAGAGAUUUAGGUAUUGGUGGUAGGAUUUUAAUUAAAGAUGAAAGAAAUCAAAUUACUCAACAUUUAGUUGAUUCAACUCCUAAUCCAAUAGCUCAUAUACCAACAUUAGCUCCACAUUUUGGUACACCAGCUCAAGGUUAUUUUAAUAAGGAAACUCAAGCUGUUCCAGUAAUUGGAUUUUCACAAGAUUCAGGACCUGAACCAACUGAAUCUGAAAAAAAAGCUCCAUUAUAUGGAAAACAUUCUUUAAAAUUAUUAAGAUAUAUUGCAAAAUUAGCUAAUGUUAAAGUUGAACAAAUAUCACAAUGGGAUUUACAAUUAUAUGAUGUUCAAAAGGGAACUAUAGGUGGAUUAAAUAAAGAUUUUAUUUUCGCACCAAGAAUAGAUGAUAGAAUUUGUUCAUUUGUUGCAUUACAUUCAUUAAUUGAAUCAUCAAAUGAUAACACAUUGAAAAGUGAUUCAUUUUCAGUAGUUUCUUUAUAUGAUAAUGAAGAAGUUGGAAGUUUAUCAAGAGCAGGUGCAAAAGGUGGUAUAUUUGAAUUAGUUAUAGAAAGAAUUUUAUCAACAGAAUAUUUUAAUCCUGAACAAUUAGCAAUAUCAGAUGAAUUAAGACAAACUUAUGCAAAUACUAUAGUAUUAUCAGCAGAUGUAACUCAUUUAUUAAAUCCAAAUUUUCAAGAAGUUUAUUUAGAUCAUCAUAAACCAUUACCAAAUAAAGGUAUAACUAUAGAAUUAGAUCCUAAUGGAAAUUUAGCAACUGAUUCUAUUGGAUUAUCAUUAAUUGAAGCUACUGCUAAAAAAAAUAAUGAUGAAGUUCAAUAUUUCCAAAUUAGAAAUGGUUCACCAUCUGGUGGAACUAUUGGUCCUUCAAUAUCCACUCAAACUGGUGCAAGAACUAUUGAUUUGGGUAUACCUCAAUUAUCUAUGCAUUCUAUAAGAGCUACUGUUGGAUCUAAAGAUGUUGGUUUGGGAAUUAAAUUUUUUAAUGGAUUUUUCAAAAAUUGGAGAUCUACUUAUGAUGAUUAUGUUGAUUUAUAA